AUGGAGUCUACUAAGUCGACUUUAAUUCAGCUUCUAUUACUUGUCCCGCUGGAUGUAUUUCAGCCGGGUGAAAAUGAACGAUUGAACAGACUCACCAAAGCUGUUUUGGAAGCGCGUUAUGUCGAGCUUCUUGAGAUUAGCGAUUUUAAGGAACUUGCUAGUCUCCCUGAAGCGCAAAAGGCACUACAUCUGUAUGGAGAGAAGCCAUUGGUCGAAGCUCUUCGCGGUUUUGCUCAAGCGAUUAUUGACUCAAGCAAAAUACUUCUUGGUGAGGAAGGAUUAAUUGAUGCCCAUAUUUACGCAAUCACGUUCUUGCAACUUUUCGUACAAUCCAACUUCACCGGCCCACCAAUUAAGACAGGUGCUCACACAUUGCUCUUCCCUAAUUCGGAUGUGCAGACAUUGCAAUCAGAUGCAGUCAAGAUUCUCAAUGUGGAAGGACAACCGGCUUAUGACUUGAUGCAAGAUCCUAUCUACUUGAUCCUUGCGGAGUUGAUGUUUGAGGGGUUGACUGACACACCAAUUGAAGCUUCAUUAUUGUCGGGGAAUGUAGCCGACAACUCCAAGGAAAUCAUUGAUCAUGCCGGAGCUAUUGGCCAGCAAAUUGACGAACCUCUCAAGGCUUCUAUUACAUGGUGGAAGUCAAGAGUUUUGCAGGUACAUUUAUCGGUCUUGUCGGAACCGCUGGGAAUUAUCCUGUCAGUUUGUGGCGUCUUAAUGGGAGCAAACUUGUUGAGACAUCUUCUACCUUUACUGGAUUCGCCAAAAGGCGUUCAAAUGUUGGGCCUGGUGCAAUACGUGCUAGAGCAAGCAAGAGUAUACAUUCACGCUCAAACUGAGCAUGCGUCAAUAGCACCAUUGAAUAAGGCUCUCAAGAUUACCGGGUUACAAUUGCUUCUUUCCGGUGCCAAAGCGAAACGAACAAAGUAUCAACAAUUCCAUACAUCCAAUUUAAUUGUCUUGGCCAAAAGCAGUGAAAACACGUUGUACGAUGCAGAUUAUAAUGACGGCCAGACCUUGGAAAACUACAAGCUUGAUUCGGAACUAUUACUUGAGAGACCACAGUUUGAAUCUUUGGAGAAUUUGGAUAUGGAGGUGGAGAACGAAUCCAAGAGGAUAAAGUUGGACCCAGAACUCAUUACUGACGAUCUCGCUGAAAGUAGACUCAUCCCAUUGGCGAUGACGGUUGACGACAUACCAGCAGAUCUUAAAGCACUUGAUCCCAAUAAACAACCUGCAUUGAACAAUAUAGAUAUGCUCCAGAUACUCUUGAGGCUCGUUGUUAUCAAGCAGACUACGCCAUCAAAUGAUGCUCUAGUUGAAGAUGAGUUGUUGGCAUUAGUUGGACGAAUCCUUUAUUCCGAUUCCGAUGGUGGAAACUGGCUCUUGUACUCUAGAGCACUUUGGGAAAGGUCUCUUUUGGAAACAGGCAAAUCUAGAACCAUAGAGAGAGGCAUUUUGCAAAUGACUUCAUUGAUUGAGGAGAUUGGUAUCAAAAUCACCACCCGUCUUUUGCCACAAGCCGAAGAAAGCAGCCCAGACUCUGUUGCAAGUCUGAGAUUGAGAUUCAUUCAUCAGUUGCCGUUGCUACCACAGUGGUCACUAGAUGCCAAACUUGCAGAAAAGUACAUGUCGCUUGGUGUUAUUAAAUCGGCACUUGAUAUUUAUGAGAGGCUUCAAUUGCAAGUUGAGGCUGCCUUGUGUUAUGCGGCUAUUGGCCGUGAGCAAGAGGCGGAGAAAAUUUUGAUUGGUAGAAUCAAAGAGCAUCCGGAGGAUGCAAGAGCAGUCUCUGUUUUGGGGGAUCUUAAGCAAGAUCCGCGGUUGUGGGAAAAAGCUUGGCAAGUUGGCCACUAUGCAAAAGCAAAGGCUUCCUUAUCAAGAUACUACUAUUCGCCGCCUCCAGAAUCAGGUCUUUCCAAAAAUUUGGAGUUGGCAAUCUCUCACAUGUAUGAUUGUUUACAUGUAAACCCAUUGAAUUAUGAGAAUUGGUUUUUUUAUGGAUGCUGUGGGUUAGAGUCGGGGCAAUUUGAACUUGCUUCAGAAGCGUUUACAAGAUGUGUCUCAUUGGAUGAUAGCAAUUCGUAUGCUUGGUCAAACUUGGCAUCGGCACUUUUGAAGCUUGACAAAGUCAAGCCAGCAUUCAAUGCUUUGCAAAAGGCUGUACGAAGCAGUGGUGAUCGAAAGUCGUGGAAAGUGUAUGAAAAUUACAUGAAUGUUGCAAUGCAGCUCAACGAGUGGAACGAUGUGUUGAUUGCGUACCGCGAGCUUCUAUCGAUUAGAAAAGAGGAAGGAGAUAGCGUGAUUGAUAUACCUGUUUUGGAGAGAUUGAGCGAAAUUCUUAUUUCGUCUGAGUUUCCGCAUGAGGGACAAAGUUUGAGCCACUUUCAACGCUCUUGUAUUCAGCUCAUUUGCGAAACCUUGCCAACCUUGAUCACAUCUUCUGCUCGUUGUUGGAGGAUUGUAGCUCGAGUUGAACUAUGGAGGAAACGGCCAUGGUCGGCAUUAGAUUGUCAUGAAAAGGCAUACAGGGCACUACUUUACAAUCCAGAUCUUGAAGUUAACGAAGAGGUCUGGAACGAAGUGGUCGAUGCUUGUGCAGACUUGGUAGGGGCCUUUGAAUCCUUGGGAGAGUUGCCGGGCAAGCACGGGGCAGGGGAUUUGGUUUGUAGGGACUGGAAGUAUAAAGCCAAGACUACAGUACGGUCCUUAAUGUCGAAAGGGAAGGAUGUUUGGGAAGAUACUUCGGGGUGGGAGACUUUGCUCCAGCUCAAGGAGGAUUUGAGUAGUUAG